AUGGAGGAGGCUGAGCUCUGCUUUCCACAAGUCAACACCUCCUGCAGGAAGACAAAUCGUCCUCACUGGGAGGCCACACUCAGUUACAGUGUGCUGUCUUUCAUCACUCUGCUCACCGUGGUUCUUAACCUGCUGGUCAUCAUCUCUAUCUCCCACUUCAGGAAGCUCCACACCGCCACCAACCUCCUCCUCCUCUCUCUGGCUGUUGCAGACUUCAUUGUGGGUUUCCUGCAGAUGCCAGGUGAAAUCCUCCUCUAUAGAGGUUGUUGGGAUCUGGGUGACUCAUUAUGUGCUGUAAAUUACUUUUUAGGUUUCCUCUCUGUCAGUGCAUCAGUAGGAAACAUGGUGCUCUUAUCAAUUGAUCGCUACAUUGCUAUUUGUGACCCCAUGUUUUACACCACCAAAGUUACUCUGACAAGAGUUCAAUGCUGCAUAUAUCUGUGUUGGAUAUUUUCUGCUGUUCACAGCACUUGGAUACUGAGAGAUUUCUUAAAACAGCCAGACAUGUAUAACUCCUGUUAUGGAGAGUGUGUAAUUGUAAUGAAUUAUGUUGAAGGAGCUGUUGACCUUGUUGCAACCUUUUUUGCUCCCAUUCUUGUCAUCAUAGUUCUGUAUAUGAGAGUGUUUAUAGUGGCUUUGUCUCAGGCUCGUGCCAUGCGCUCCCACAUUACAGCUGUCACAGCACAACGUUCAAAUACAAUAACUGCCAAGAAAUCUGAGAUUAAAGCAGCCAGGACUCUUGGUAUUGUUGUAGUUGCGUUUAUUGUGUGCAACUGUCCAUAUUACUGUUUUACUGUUGCAGCUGAGAACAACUUUUUAGGGGCCUCGGCUGUAGGUGCUGAACUUUGGCUCUUGUAUUUCAACUCCUGUCUAAACCCUGUGAUAUAUGUCUUUUUUUACCCCUGGUUCAGAAAAGCUAUUAAACACAUUGUAACACUUCAGAUACUGAAGCUUGGCUCCUCUGAGGCUAACAUAGUGUAG